AUGAAAUUUACACUGUCGCUAUUACCGUACAGUGUACUGCCCUCGGACCUAACAUGCGACCCGAAUUACUCCUUCUUCUGUGAAAAACCAUCUCCGAGCAUCAGCAGUUAUGAAAACGCUUGCCUCCAGUAUCUAGUCGCUUGCGAUGGCGAGCGCGACUGCCAAACUGUUGAUGACGAGACCCAUUGUGAUCUCAAAGAUCCAAAAGAUAGAGAAGAAGGUGAAUCGAAAGCUCAAAUCUGUAGCUCGCCGGAAGUCAGUUAUCUUUGGACGCAGUGUAAAUCAACGCCGACAGUUUGCAUACCUAAAUCUUCUCUUUGUGACGGGAUAAAUGACUGCGAUGACGGUUCGGACGAGGCGUCUUGCAACUCAGACUGUUCUUCAUCUUGCGACGAUAGUGCUACAUGUCAAGCUAUAUUUAAUGGAACUGAACCAAUCUGUAAAUGUGACGAAGCAAAAAGUAUAAAUCUGCUCAAGGAGUUCGACCCCGAAGCUCCUGCCUGUAUAGAAAAAGAAGAAACAGUGCAAUAUGAAAUCGAAUCCUUCGUUUACAUCGAUAAAGACACAUUUUAUGAAGAGGAUCAAGACGGAAAACGCUUGUACACUUCAAUAUUCAGCGAUGAGCACACGCGAGCACCAACAUUCGACGACAACUCCUCCCUGUUUUGCUUCAUCAGACUAUCAAAUAGUGAUCUUAUGUGUUUUUUGAGAACCCCGGAUGGUGAUUAUCGCUGGGAUAAAUUGCAAUUUAAUAAUUUCCAGGAAUAUUUUAAUAUCAACGAGAUUCACAAACUUUCCCUCCACACAAAUCUUCAACAAAUUUACUUUACUGGGCCUCAAACUUGGCUCUGUCAACUUAAUUUCGACGAUCCAGAUGAGUCACCAAAAUGUGUAUUCCUGAGUGACAGAAGCGAAGUUGAAGUUGGACUGGAUCCACUUCGUAACUUGCGUUUCAUCAUCGAUCACCCACUUAUCGGAGCUCUUGAACAUUCGCGCACCAUUUUGACCAAUACUUUCUUCGACAUUGCCGCGCUUGACCUUGAUGGCGAAACAAAAAGACGGCUGUUUAUGCUCUCUCAUUUGAAGGAUGACAAAUCUUACGCCAUCCACCAGAUCACUGUCUCAUACGAGCAGAGAAAAAUCUUCGUCCCUUAUUUUGCUGCUGGGCAAAAGUUGCAUGUGCUUGUCCACGAUUACAACGGCCAAUUGCUCGAUGACGUUGACAUAUCCCAGUUCGAAAAGGAAGAGCACGGGAAGAUACAAAGUCUCUUGCAAGUUCUUCCCGACAUGUCUUUUGUUGUUAAUGAUGAUAGAAAUAUUUACACCAUUCAAAUCGACGAGGAAACUCAGCAGCCAACAAUAAAAACAUAUGAUUCUCUAAGUAUCUCAUCCGAAGUGAAAAUCGUGAUAAAACGCGAAGAUGUUACUCUUCCAGAAAAAUGUCCCGAAAAAGAUGGGGCCCUUGCUCUUAGAUCUGGAGACGGUAAAUGCCAAUAUCUUUGCUACUCAUCGACUUUGCGGGGCGGUUCUGAAAUAGAAUGUGAUUUAUCGCAAAAGAAGCAUUCUGACGAUCUCUUUUUCAUGGCAAAUGUUGGAAAUCAUCAUUCGUCAUCGAUUUCAUUUUACGAUUUUGAAGAAGAAGAGUACCAGAUACACGCAGGCCUUGUAGAUGAUUCUCAUCCACUCGAUGGGCUUCUUGUCAAAACAGCAGACGAUGAUGUCAUUGCAAUUUUAUCUGGACAUGUUCGCGCUGAAAUCAUGUACCGUUCCCUCGAGUUGCCAUCAAGAGUCAAGACUUUGACAUACUUACCUGUUAAAUCACCCUCCGCAAUGGCUUUGGAUCCAGCUCGACAAACAAUCUUCUUUUUCGCCGAUGGUCGAAUCUACGCCUCCUCAAUUCACAAAUUGAAAGAUCAGGACGAUGACGACUUGAAUUACAUUCCUAUCACAUCAUCAAUGAGGCGGUUGGGCGACCCAGUUUCGAUGGCGGUUGACUCUGAAAAUGGUCGAAUUUUCCUUCUUUACAUAAAAGACCUGUCUGGCCACCACACCACCUUCCGAUCGAAGCAAGAUCUUCGUGAUCAAAAAUAUCUGGCGGUUAUAAUCUAUGUUGAUCUAAAAGACAGUAAAUGGAGUCCUCCUCAAACGAGAUUCAUGCCAGAAAUCGUGCCAGACAUAGUUGUGUGCGCAAACAAGCUUUUUUCGAUCGAAAAUAGAAAACUUUGCGCUCACGAGCUUGGCAUUGACUCUGCUCUAGUCACCUUCUUUGGCCGUGAUUGCGUCGACAUCGUCGACAGUGAAGAAAUCUUCGUUGAAGAUAAAUUGAUGCGAAUGAGCUGUCACAAAAAUACAGAGCUCUUUUUAUCAUCAAAUAACAAAAUCUACAAAUUAGAGCUCGAUGGGAGUACAUCCCUUGUUCGAUCAGUUCCUUCUGCGAGAGAUCUUGUCCUGUUCGACGCUAUCCAGAGCAUUGAUCCAGCUCCACGUGCGUGUGCAGAUGCUCAAGUUGAAUACUUCGACGGACAGAAAACUAUUUGCAAAUGUUAUAUCGGCUACACGAUGAACGAAAAUUACCAGUGCAAAAAGAAUUCAAAUCCAAAAGCGAGCCUCGUCGACUUUUGCUUCUCAAGUCAGUUCUAUUGCCACAAUCACAAGUGCAUCGAUAAAAAUUAUCGCUGUGACGGGAAUGAAAAUUGUGGCGAUUAUUCCGACGAGCUCGACUGCAAGAAAGAUACAUGUAGCGAUGAUGAGUUCAAAUGUGACUCUGGAAAAUGUAUUUCUAAAUCGGCUCAGCAAGUAAGACUAAAGUACGACAAUUACCAAGGCGCACUUUGUGAUGGAGUCAGGGACUGUCCGGGAGGUGAAGACGAGCUUGAAGAAAAUUGUAAUUUGCGGCCGGAAAUCACAUGUGGAGUCGACUACUUACAUCAUCUUUGCGCUGAUAAACGCCAGUGUAUCAACUCCUGGGACGUUUGUAAUGGAGAGAAGAACUGUUUCGACGGAUCUGACGAGGAGAAUUGCGAGUCUGAUGAAGAAAAAGACAAAAAUGCCCUGAAGGAUUCUCUAAAUGGUACCAUCGAACUUGCUUACGCCGCUCUCUUGAAUACCAACCUUUUGCCAUUGGUACUUGUUCAUGAAUCGAGCCUCCUGAACAACUCGUUCCCGAUUGUUCAUAUCGGUCGAGUUCCACUUACUUGGGGCACACCAGAAUUUAGCAUGAAGCUUGUUUCAAGAAGCACAAAAAUGAGACAGUUCCGUUUCAGUGAAGCUUUUAACACGAACUACUACCGUACGACGAAUCCCGAAGCAAUUUGGAAUGAAGCGUCAGAAGAAAUCUCCAAAAAUCCGAGUCUCAUAUUUAUGGCGAGGGGAAAUCAGAAGAUCAUUCAAAUGCAGCUUGUUAAUUGCAUAGACACGAUUUUUGCUCUCAUUCGGGAGACCAAUGACGACAAAGACAAUUAUUUCAUCAUCAAACUGCCUGGGUAUCACUUCACCACUGAUGAUGGAUAUAAAAUUGAAAUCCCUGAUGGAAGAGUUCACAGCUUUGCGGUUACUGAAAAUCGUCUCUGUAUUGUGAUGGAUAAAUCUGUUCAGUGCAAAGAGCAUGAUGAUAAAAAGUGGCGAAAAUUAACCGACAUCACUGGUGAUACUGUCAUCCAGGCUUCGAAUGGAAUUGAUUUGUUUUUCGUCCUAGAGCGUAAAGACUCCCAAACUAUUACGAUGAGAAAGUUUUCCGGAAGUUUACCCGAAAAAGGAGGACCGAGUGAGAUCAAAUUCGCUGGCGAUCUACUCAACAUUGACAUAACUGUUCCGCAUACCGAAUGCAACGUAGAUUUCUGCGAGGUUGAUACGACUAAGAGUAUCGCUACGUCCGUCAUUGGGCCACACAAUGGUGGCUGCGAACAUAUCUGCGAGAAGCCGCAAGAUGGAAGCAUGGGACAUCAUUGCAAAUGUCAAAAAGGAUACGCAUUGGCAAAAGAUGCAAAAACCUGUUUUAGGCACCAACUUGGCGAUACAAGCAUCGAUUUCCCGAUGAAUCCGUCAUGCCCAGCAAAUGGUCGAUUGGAAAAAGUUGACGAUAACGAUCAUGUUUGGCUCUGCCCAGAUAUGAAUCAGUGCAUUGACCUGGAAUCACGAUGUGAUGGAACUGACGAUUGUGAACGCGGCGCAGACGAGUCGUUUUGUGAUAGUUGGCAUCAAGAAGGUGCUUCUGCAGUGGAUGAAACGAGUGAGAACUCGCACGAAGCUGCUCAUAUCCACUGCCCAGUCGGUUUUUAUCGCUGUCAGAAUGGUCAGUGUGUUAAAGAGUCAAAGAUCCUUUUUGUUGAUGGCGAUGAUGACUCAUCUCAUGGUUGUUACGACGGAUCACAUAUCAUCAAACGACGCGAUGUCGACGACGAAUAUUACUGCACAAUGACCGGCACAUGUGACGGAGUUCAAUCCGAUCAGCCACUUCCAGAUCCACAGCCUUCAGUUAGAACCCCGAGAAAAACAGCAGAUCAAACAUUUAGCAAUUGUGCCCCCGAUGAGUGGAAAUGCCCGUCUAGUGGCGAAUGCAUCAAAGACUUUCAGAAAUGCGAUGGCAUUCCGGAUUGCGAAGAGAUGGAAGAUGAAGAAGACUGUGAACACUGCAACGGUGUCUUCUCUUGCUUUGCCAGCAAUUGGAAUGACAAGAAAUGCGUUCCAAAUGAAAAGAUUUGCGAUGGAGAGAAAGACUGCUUGGAUGGUAAUGACGAGGUAAACUGCGAUGAUGCUUUACCGAAAAUUGACUGUAGCGCCGGCGAAUACCUCAAUCUCGCAACUCAAAAGUGUGUUAAAACCGAUGAUGAACACUGCUCUGUUGGUCAUCUUCCUUGCUCCCAAAAAUGCGUGCCGACAGAAGGUAAAGCACCAGUCUGCAAAUGUGUGGACGGUUACGCGUCUGAUGAGAACGGAAUCUGUCGAGUAACUCAUGAGUUCGCUUCUGAAACUUACAAACCACAAAUAAUCUUCGGCAACCAGAAAAACUUCGCCAGAUUAAAUUUUGAAGAGCAAAAAGCAGAAUUAUUCGCCACGAAACAGUCCAAUGUUGUCGCAUUUGAUUACAACUAUAGGUUGAGUGAAUUCUACUGGGCCUCUGUUGACGGAAGCCAAAAAGGUACUACUCAUAUUAGAGCGAUUAGAGCAGACUCGAUCCACGAUAUUUCAAAUCUCAAUGAAAACUUGUUCACAGAGAAUGUUAAAUCCUACGGUCUUCGAGAGCGUGCUCAAAUCGAUGCUCUUUCUGUAGAUUGGAUUACUGGGAAUAUCUAUUUUGGCGAUAAAAUUAACGGAAAGCUCUUCGUUAUGACUGGAGAAAUGGACGGUCCACGAUUUACGAAAACUCUUAUGGACGAGAAUACUCCUGGAGUUGGAGAUAAACUCAAGCACAUAAGAGCCGUUGCACUUUAUCAGCCGAAGGGUGUCCUUUUCUAUUCCGACUGGGGAACUUACAGUCACAUUGGCCGAGUGAAUAUGGAUGGAACUGAUGCAAAAAUUCUCUUAGAUAACACAAUGCAAGGAGCUCCUCCAGUUUCUUGGCCAAAUGACAUCAUUAUUGACAUCACUGCUAGUUCAGAGGAUUUCAGCGGCAAUUGGUCAUCCUCGCCCAUGAUCUACUUCGUUGAUGCUCGGGAGGAUUAUAUUGCGAGAACAAAUUUCGAUUUCACCGAGUUCCAGUAUGUUUUCAAGCCUGUUACAGAUGAUAGCACUCAUAUAUUUUCAAUCGCACUCUUCGAGGAGUAUAUUUAUAUAUCGGAAUGGAAGAACAACAAAAGAGCAUCUACCGCAUCCAUAAAAAUUGUGAUGCAAGCUUGGAAUCCAAUGUCAAUCGUUGUUAUUGAUAAAGCUUUACAACCAUCUCUGGACUCUGGAAAUCCAUGCGAAAAUAAAUGCGAUCCAAACGAACUCUGUCUCCUCAAGCCAGGAAACGGAAUGAGACCGGAUGCUGUCUGCACUUGUGGAGAUGGAUACAGAAGGGACUCCUCGACCGGAAAAUGCGUUGAUGACUGCGGCUCAUUUACGAAAAUGAAUAGUGACACUGGCAACUGCGAGGAAGUUUGGAAACAAACAAAGGAACAAGAUCCCUGCUCUGUUCUUCCGGGAACUCGUCGAAAAUGCUCGCCUUCAGGAUCAGGAAACGAGCGCUGUGUGGAACAGAGUAAAUUCUGCGAUGGAACUAUCGACUGUCCAAAUAAAGAAGACGAAACUCAUAGCGCCUGCAAGUGUCCUAGUGGAAUGUAUCAGUGCAAAACAAUCGUCCGACGUUACGGCUACACUCCUCGCAUGAGCGACUGCCUUCCACAGAAAGCUCUUUGUGAUGGAACUGCGCACUGUAUUCGUAGAGACGAUGAAUAUAAAUGUCCUCCUCCUCAUUGCAGAGCAGACCAAUACUAUUGCGUUCGGUCAUUGAAAUGCAUCAGUCAGAGUCAGAAAUGUGAUGGAAUCAUCAAUUGUGGCUAUGGCGAGGAUGAAUCCGACUGUAAACAACUCGACUGCGACGUUCCUGAUGCUUUUCAUUGCCACAAAUCAGGCAAAAACGUUUGCGCCCGGCAAGCAUGGGUUUGUGAUGGUCGAAAUGAUUGUCCAAAUAACGAAGACGAAGAUGACGCUUUAUGUGGUAAUCCAAGUUAUUCGCAUCCUUGCGAAACUGGGCUUUACUGCAACAACCAAUGCGUUCUAUCGCAUCAAAUUUGUGAUGGCGAGAAUCAUUGCCCAGAUGGAGCCGACGAGGAAAACUGUGGUUGUAGCCCUGAAGAAUUUUCCUGCGAUGCUGAUGCUGGGCCACAGUGCAUCGAUCGAAGUCAAGUCUGUGAUGGCAAAAACGACUGUCACAUCAACCCAGUAACACAAAUAGCCGCGGACGAGCGUUUCUGUGAUCAUGACAAUGAAUGCAAAGGAUUCUUGUGCAAGACUCGUGCAGAUGGCUCCGCUCAAUGUAUUGGUGAUCAAACGACUGGAAAUCUCGAGUGCGACGGAAAUGCGGACUGCCAAGACGGCUCUGACGAAGCCCAGUGCAGCUCGCUCGCGAACAUCACCAAUUGUUACGAUGAUGAAUUGAACUUGCUUGACAACGUCUUCCGCUGUAGUAGCGGAGGAUGCAUCUCUUCCGAAUUUCUUUGCGACGGAAAAGACGACUGUGCUGAUGGUUCAGAUGAGACUUAUUAUUGUGCAAUGAAUCAAGCGACUUGUGACACGGAUAAAGAUGCCUGUGCGGAAAUUUUUAACCAUCUUUCUAUAAUUGGACUCUGCUCGUCUCAAAAUCCCUGUCAGCAGUCUUGCUUUUCAGUUUACAGUGAUCUAAACGGCGAAAAAUCAGUUAAAUGCGGCUGCCACACCGGCUACGAUUCGAUUCUCCAGUAUUCGGCUAGCAUGGAGCCACUGGAUCCGCCCCGACUCUGCCGCGGAAAAGACGGAGAUGCUGGAUUCGAGAUUCUUGUAUUUUCUGAAACAGAAAUGAAUGUGGUCAUGGUCAAUCCUGAGCGACUGGAAAAUCACGACCAAGUAACGGUGCACGAAGUUUUCAACGAAGUUGCAUACUUGGGAGGAGUACUUCCAUUCUCGUUGCCAGAUGAUGUUGUACCCUUACGUCAUGUGGCUACAGAUUUGAAAAGAACGAACUCAAUCCUUAUUGGGAAAAAGAUGAAAAUUUCCCGAGGUCUGUGGAACUUACCGGCCCGAACAGAUGCAGAUCGGCGGGGUGAAUUCCAAGAACUGAUAAAGGACUAUUACGAUAAGCCCCUUUUCUGGGCGGAUGUCGACGUCUCUGAUCGUUCCCACAUUCUGACUGACACGACUUCCUUUACCUACCUUCAUGAAGUCGAUAUCUUGAGUGUUUCUACUUUCAAAGAUGGCUCUCGCCGAUUCGAAACGCUCGAUACAGAGACCGGUUAUAUUAAAUUCUCCAAUAAUGCACUGGCAAAGAUCAAUCCAUCUCUGAAAGCCAUCCAUGUUGUCAUGCAGGAUACGGGCGUCCGAGAGAACGAAGUCGGUGUUUGUAGAAACGAAAUUGUCGUUUUUGAAGAUCAGUUUGGCCAAGCUGUUUUCUACGUUAACAAUAUUCCCUUUAUUACCAGAAAGGAAUUCGCGAAUUCGAAACAAGCCACUCAAGCUCUAACAAAUGUUACAUCUCUGGUACAAGAUUCCUAUUCUUGUAAAAUCUACUGGGCUUCUGGAUCUACGAUUUGGCAAGCACUUUGUGAUGUUACUGCUGGACAUGUUAAACCGACAAAACUGGCUUCUCUUAAAUUCUGGACAUAUAAGUACGCAGGGAAACACACUUCUAUGGCGUACUAUCAUGAUGAUAUCGAGAAUCCAGUCAUAAAGAUGAGCAUUUUUGAGAAUUUACUUUACGUUGCACUCUCCGAUAAAUCUGGCAACUCUGCCGUCCGCAUGUUAACUGUACAUACUCGAACUGGAGAAGUACGCCCACUAACAAAUCUUCCAGCAUCUAAAAUCGUCGGAAUUACACUUGCCCCUUGGGCGACAAAAGAUGUUCGAAUAGCCGGUCAAUUUAAAGAAGAGCCACUGGAAGACGUGCCAUCAAUUUGCGAGGAUGGAGUUGUCUGCUCAGACCAUAGUAGUGCCUCUCCGAUGACUUUGAGCUGUGGAGAAAACGAGGAAGUUUGGACUUCCGAGAUUUGCGAUGGGCUCAUUGCUCAAGAUGAAACUCCAGAAAUUCAUAAAGGAAUGAGCUGGGCGUCGGUCUCAAUCGCGAUCGUAAUAAUUGCCGCCGGAUUAGGCCUCGUUUACCUCAAACGGGUCAGAGAAAACCGAUACAAGCAGCUUCCACAGCUUGUUCUUGGGGGAGACACAGUCACUACUACUUUCAACGAUGCUUGGAGCGCAGGCGAAGAUAGUAGACCGGUUGAAAAUCACAAUCCCCUCUUCCACGAGUUCAACAACAAGGGCGAACCAAAAUCUUCAACCGAACGAGCUGGCCUCAUCGAAAACGAAGUAACGGAUCCGAACAGAGAUUAA